AUGAUAGGAGCAUCACCGCUAUCAGCUCUGGACAAUACACUGUAUAGAGCUUACAUGAGGCUCUGCUUGUUUGUAUUUGAAAACAUCUCUGGAGUACAGAUGAAACUAUACGGUGACGUCAAGGAGCUAAUGCGUGAACCUGAAUGUGCUCUUGUUCUGUCAAACCACCAGAGUGAUGGCAAGUUGUCUGGGUUAUCAAAUUCAGUCACUGAUCAAUUCAUAUUCUCCCCGGUUUCAGUAGAUUGGGCAGUAGCAGUGAUGUUGGCGGCGCGCCAAGGACCCCAUGGUAACGAAGCCAGCUUUCGUGUCAUGCUUAAGCAUGUUAUACACUUUGUACCGCUUUUUGGAUGGUACGUUUUCCAGCACGGUUACAUAUAUGUUCGACGAUACGGGGAGUUUUUGAGUACACCUGUGUUGAAACAGCUCGCUUGGUUGGACUCCAUGAAUGAGAAAUUCUGGUUGCUCAUUUUUCCGGAAGGAACGAGGUAUUCCCUUAAACGGAAAGAUAGUAUUCUUGCCAGCCAGGAGUUUUGCCGUAGAAAGGGAAUACCAGAAUUCAAGAACGUUUUGAGCCCUCGCGUAGGAGGUAUAUUCAUGUCUCUGGAGCGACUGGAAACCUUGGAUGCGGUCUAUGACGUCACUAUCGGAUAUGGUCAGACGAGGCUACCGAAACGCCGUGGCCUCGCCCCGAAUAUGUUCGAAUUCACCUGUGGCGGACCAGCCGGAAGGACGCUUAGUAUCCAUGUGAAGAGACAUUCAGCGAAAGAGAUGCGCGUGAGCCGUAAGGAACUGCAGGAGUGGACGAUUAAAGCAUAUCAGGAGAAAGACAAGCUUCUUGAGAGUUUCUACGAGACAGGAGAAUUCCCAGAUCCAGUGUCAUUGAACGAGCCAUCGGUGUCGAUUUAUCGAACCCUUCCACCAACGCUCUGCUUUGUCGCAGCACUUGUAGCACCUUUUUACGUGCCAGCUGUGAGAAAAGCUUAUCUGUACACUGUGGCCAGUUUUCCGUUGCUUAUUCUUUGGCUUGAAAUAAGGAAAUGUGCCUGA